AUGGAGACCCCCUACUCCUACCCUGGCACCCCCAAACCCUCUGGGGGCUCUGGAGCGGCGCAUCCGGCGGGGAAUGGGAUGACGGGACCUUCCUGUUCCCGGCCCCGCGCCCGCCUCGCGCUCGGGGGACGCCCCCGCCACGACCCCCUCGCACCUCCGAGCCCGACGGGACCCCCGGAGCCACCCCCGGAGCCACCCCCGGGCCCCUCCGGAACCCCCCCCGGCCCCUCCCGCGCUGCGGAGCCGCCGAGGGUGCUCAGGGCCCCCUUUGAUGCCACAGCCUUCCCAGGAGCCCCCAUGGAACAGGACGAGCCAGACGUGGUUGAGCUGCAGGACUCGGACGAGGGGGACGUGGUCCGGAGGGUCUUCAUUGGUGAGGGGGAGACCCCAGAAGUGGAGGGGGGGAUUGGGGGGCUCGAGGUAGCCCAGAGAGGGGCUGAUGACGGCAUUGUGAGCGACGGAGAGGCCGAGGUGCUGCCGCACGAGAUCAUCCGCACGGUGAUCCCGCACAGCCCCCUGCGCCCCCCGCCGCCCCGCGGGACGCCCGGCCCGGCCCCGGGGGGCUCCGAGGAGGGCGGGGGGCGGCGGGGCGGGGGCCGCCAGCGCCCCUUCAUCUGCAACGAGUGCGGCAAGAGCUUCAGCCACUGGUCCAAGCUGCUUCGGCACCAGCGCACGCACACGGGUGAGCGGCCCAGCACCUGCGGCGAAUGUGGCAAGAGCUUCUCGCAGAACUCACACCUGGUGCAGCACCGCCGCACCCACACCGGGGAGAAGCCGUACAGGUGCGGCCACUGCGGCAAGAGCUUCUCCUGGAGCUCCAACCUCAUCCAGCACCAGCGCAUCCACACUGGGGAGCGCCCGUACGGCUGCGCUGAGUGCGGCAAGAGCUUCACGCAGAGCAAGAACCUCAUCAAGCACCAGCGCACCCACGCUGGGCCGGGGGCGGCGGGGCCGCGGCGCUGCGCCCACCCCACGAGUGCCCCGAGGGCGCUGAAGGGGCCGCGGGCGGGGGGCGAGGGCGAGGGGCCCGCGGGAGGCGAGAGCGGCCGCGGGCAGGAGCCGCUGAUCUGUGUGGAGUGCGGCGAGAGCUUCGCCCGGAGCGCCGCGCUCAGGAGGCACCGCCGGGGGCACCGCCCCCUCUUCGUGCCCUGA